AUGAAGUUCAACCCUGAACUUCAUUGGUGGUCUGUAUCCAGGUACAUCCUACUGGUUGCAAGUAGAAUUUGGCGCCAGUUAUAUAAAAGGAGAGGGGGGGGGCGGGGGGGUAAAUGGAUAUUUCUUGUUUGCUUGUGCCCUUGAGAAAGGCGAUUUUUAUCGCCGAAACACGCGUCGGGCUUUGGGUUCUUUAUCGCCUUUGCAAACUGCCUUACUAUUAGCCUGUUAUGCUAUAACACGCUAUAUUAAUUUAGGGACUCUUUUUGCCGGCUGAGUCUUCUUCUUUAUAUAGCCAUAUUUAGUUGUGAGUAAUCCAGAUUCUUCUAUACUACUUAUUACUUUAUUUUCAGUUAUCUGUAUCUUCCUGUCCUUUCGAUUUACUCAUCUUUUAGUGCAUAGAGUCUCUAUUGCUUUUUUGAUUUAGUAUUAGCGAUUGAGUAUUUGUCAGGUCCACUGGAUCCCUUAGGACUUCGGUUACAGAAAGUAGUUAUAGAGGGAAUAUUGUUCUCCCAUAUAUAGAUGAUCAUGACCUCACUGUAUUUAGAUUAAUUUGGGUUUAUUAUAACAGCUGAUACUUAUCAUGCUAUGAUUAUUGGAUAUUGGUUACAUCCACUGCUGCUAUGCUGUUUAUGUUGCAACAUUUAUUCCCAUAAGUUGCAUUUAUUGUAACUAUGUUGCGAGUUCUCUGAGCAUAGUAGCUCUCUAUCCUUCAAUAUUUAUUCACAUAUAGCUACAGGCCAAUACUUUUUGUAUUUUUAACCUUUAUUUACUAUUAAUAAAACUUUAUUAUUUUUUUGAGCUGUGUCUGAGAUACAGUUUUCUGCAAGUUUUUAUAUGUAUUGCUCUGAAACGGGUACUGGUUUUGAUGGGAUUGUCUCUCUCUCUCUGUGUAGAAGAGUAUUUUUCCCUCAUUUCCUUAUUUUUCUUCAUUUAAUGUAAAUAUAAUAGGUUGUUGCUACAGUGUUUUUUGUGCCCUUUACAUUUUUGUUUAGAAAUCACAAAAUCAGUGAAGAUUAUGAUAAUACAUUUUUUACCCAAAUUUAACAAAGCUAUGUGUGUGCCCCAUAAUGCAAAAAUAACCCACUGUUUCAGUGUGAACUGGCCGCAACAUUUCUUAAGAAACGUGGGCUAUUUCUGGAAAUCCAUCAUUAUCUUUCUUUCUAAUGGCACGCCCCCCAAAUCUCCUGCAAUAAGAAAGUUCUCACUUGCAUAAUAGUCAGUGUCUGCUGAGAAGAAGAAGGCUGUGAAUCAUGUCUCUUUUACCAAAAGCCCAUUGUUAGAACAUGGAAUGGGGGAGGUAUCUGCUUUUCUCUUGUUUAAGCAGUACAUUUUAAUGCCCAUAUAAUGCUUACUUUGCUAGCCAGCAUAUAGAAAAUAGUUUGCAUAACUGGUGAGCUGUAAACUUAAAAACACGGUGGGAAAUACAAGGUAACGGAUGGCUAAUAGCCCCUACUUCUUCCUCUCUUUCUUAUCAAUCUAUUAUUAUGAUUAUACCUGAUUCAUGUUUUAAGUGUCAUUGUUACUAUCACUUGUAUGUUAAGGCCAUAGCUAGUAAUAGUUAUAUUGUGUUGUCAUGAAGUUACUUUAUCAUCAUGUAUUUCACAUCACUAAAAUUAUCAACAAGAUUAUUGCAUAUAUUUCUCAAUAUAUAAAAACAGAACACAGCAUAUUGCAUAUCCUUUGCUUAAUGUUAUACCAAGUUAUUUAAUGGCUAUUUCUUCUUGAUGGGCAUUUGGCAAUGUAGUAAUAAGUAGUGACAUUACCUCUGCUCUGCUUUCCUCUAUUUUGUAGAUCAGAGGUCUGGAAAGCUCCUCGGGGGUCUUGAGCUCCAAUCAUACACACACUAUAGGUAAGUGCUUACAUGUGUUGGUUCUCUUUCACACCGUUGCCACAUUUAUCAUGGCUUGUUUGAUAGCUAGCAGUAUAAGAGCUCAAAGAUGCCCCAUCUAGUAGUAUUGAAGUAACUGAUUCAAAGGACUGUAGUGUUCCAUAAUAAGGCUACAUUUUACACGUAGUUAAACAGAAUAUUGAAAUGGCACUCUAUGCACCUUAACUAUUACAACCUAUUGAAGUGAUUAUGGUACAUAGAGUCUCAGGGCUGUGUUCUUCCAGUUAUGUCUGUAAAGUAAUACAAGGUGAGCAGGAUAUUACUUCACUGCAGGGGGAUUUAGAUAGAAUGGGGGUCUGGGCACUCAAAUGGCAUAUGAAAUGUAAUGUAGAAAAAUACAUUGUGGCCUCGGACAAAAAGCCAUACUCGACCCUCACCUCAGGCAAAGUAAGUUGAAGUGUGCCAUAACCAAUACUCGGGUUAGACCAGGAAGUAAAGAGGGCCUAUCUUAAGAAUUAUAGGUUGUAAGGGUGAGAAGGGUGGGGUUGCAUUACAAAUGCCCACGAUCUUGAGGUUUGAGCUGUGGGUGAUUUUAAGACCAAUAAACCUCUCCCACAACUACAGUCCCAACGGCCCGAACAUUUAUGCACUUUGGUGUAAAGAAUGCAAAAGCAACAGUAAAGACAGUAUUGAUUCAUGUAUGUACAAAUUUUAUAUACUAUUACAUAUAAGUAUAAUUACUAUAUACGAUUAAACAUUAGAGGUUUUAAAAAAAAAUCACUUUAUUGGAUGCGGUUCAUCAAUAUAUUGUUUUGGUCAUUUGUUUACUUCCUGAUUUUGGGAAUCCUUGUGUGAUUCUUGAUUAUUGUGAGUGCCCAUCUAUUUUUGAUUUAUCAUUUCCUAUCAACAUGAAGUGUCUCUUUAUCCCUCUAGUAAAGACUAGGAUUAUAAGCAUUUCUUAAAUGUUCUACUCUCUUUCAGGUUCAGAUACAUCUGUGACUUUCAUUGAAACACAUCAAGGAGUAUAUGAGUAUAUCAGCAAACCUCUUGACCAGUGGAAUGCUGAGAAGUAUUGUGAGCACAAAUUUGCAUCUCUGCUUUCUGAAGAAAAUGGUAGUCUGAAGGUUACUCAAAACCUGCUGCAGUCUAACCUGGUGCAAUUCCCUAUUUGGCUCAAAAAGGCAAAUUCAUCUUCAUCUCGUAAGUUUCCAUAG